AUGCCUUCACCGCAAUCCUCUGAGGAGGCGGCUGCAGAAUCGCCUGUGAUGACGCCAGAGCCGCCUCGAGACCCCGAGGAUGGAGACAAGGACAAGGACCAAGAGACAGAGAGAGAGAGCAGAUCGCCAUCGGCGGCAGACGUACCUUCUUCACCUAAUGUGAAUGAUAAAUCGGAAAGCAAAUUGGACGGCAAUGCGACAGACAGCGAGGCCUUGGUUGACGAUGCAUCAAAGGGUGGAGAUGACAGGAUUACGGAUGACGACCCGCCACUGCCACAACAAGCGACGCCCGACGGACCUCCGCUUCCAAGCGAGCCGGUCCCAGAACCCCCUGACGACGGCUGGGAUUGUCGUUGGGAAGAGUCGUACCAGGCUUGGUACUUUGUGAACCGCUUCACCGGUGCCUCUCAGUGGGAGAACCCUCGCGUGUCCCAGGGCGCAACCACCACGGCCGAUGGUGCCGUCCCGGCUACUUCCGUCUCCAGUGUUCCCCAGCCUCCCGUCGGCGAGACGCCUGCGGUAGGUGGUUACAACCCAGCCAUUCAUGGCGACUACGAUCCCAAUGCCUGGUACGCCCAAGUGUACAAGCAAGAGGAGGAGCAAAGGGAGGCCGACGCUGUUGCCGCCGCCAACAUCAUGAAGCCUACAGCUGGCACUGACGUUGCAGUUGCCUUCAACCGCUUUACUGGACAAUUCCAGACGGCCGACAUGGGGCCUGGUAGGCACAGCGACGAAGCCAAGUCGCGACGGCAGAUGAAUGCCUUCUUCGAUGUCGACGCCGCCGCCAACGCGCAUGAAGGCCGUAGCCUCAAGGCCGAGCGCCAGAACCAGCGGCUGAGCAAAGCAGAGCUGAAAGCCUUUAAAGAGAAGCGGCGUGCCAAGAAAGAAGAGAAGCGUAGAGCGUGGCUUAUGGAUUAA